CAUCUAUUGAUAUCAUCAGUAUUUUUAAGACUAGUACUAUAAAUUGAAUUAGCAAAAUAUCUUUUCUCUAGUGAAAAAGGCACCAAAACGUCUUUCUAGCCCAGGGACCCACGUCCUUGUAAAUCCGGCCUUGGAUCGUAGUGUUUGCAUAUAACGGAAACAAAUACAAUUUUUAAACAUCCAAAUUUAUGUCGCAGCACCUGCACGCCGUCGUCGCGCCCUGCAUGGUUUAGGAGUCCGAGCGCGCUAAACACGGGACAUCAAAGAUGAGACAGCAGAAGAGCCGGGAGAAGCAGAGGGAUGGAGGAGAGGGGCGCAAAUAAGCCACGCUGCACCGAGGAGGGGAUCCGGCGCGCUCUUUGCAUAAAGAGGCAACUCGGUGCGUGAACACGAGCCAAUGCGCCGAGGAGCGAGGUGCAGUUGUGUCUGUGCUCUGCUGCAGGAGAAGAUUUUUUUUUUUUAAAUCGCUAAGUGAAUUCAGCAAGAGAGAGAAAGAGGGAGAGAGAGAGACAGAGAAGGAACCCUGGUUUGAAAAAAAAGGGGGAGUAACCAUAGGUGAGGAAGGAAGAGGGAGCGGAUAAAAAGAAGAGGAGAGGAAGGGAAGCGGAUUGCUGCAGCUCAUUCGAGUCAACAUAACGCAGGAGUUUAAUUCCUCCCUUUCCAUCCGCACCGUCCACAAUGACAAUCUAAUUAGCGGUGCGCCAAAAAAAAAAAAAAUUACGCACAACUUUUUCUCCUUCUCCAGUCACUUUACCGGGUUGAUCCUCACCGGUAAAUAUUAAAAAGAAAAGAAAACCAGUGGAUCAUCGCUCAUCACUCGGACCUCGGAUCUCCUGCGCUCGCAAGCAACCAUCGGGGGUCUUUGGGGGGUGGAGGGGGGCGUCUGAAUCUUGUGAUGGGGGCAGUGGCUGAGGUCGGGAGCUUCGCCAACGGGUUUUUAGAUAGCUUUGGAGCCGCUUCGGCUUCGGUCGGUUCGCAUUUCGUUCUCACCCCAGCGGGGGCCGUGGACUACAACUCUGCAACGGGACUGAUGCUGGGAGGACAGGCGCUGCUGCAGCAGCACCAUCAUCACCACCAGCAGCAGCACCAGCAGCACCAGCAGCAGCAGCACCACCACCACCAGCAGCAGGAGAACCUGGUGUCCGCGGAGAGGCUAUCCCGGAGCCUGGCGGACCUGAGCCAUCUGAAAGGGAUCCUGAGGCGGCGGCAGCUUUACUGCAGGACCGGCUUCCACCUGGAAAUCCAUCCGGACGGGACAGUGGAGGGUACCAGGAAAGACCACAGCAGAUUCGGUAUUCUGGAGUUCAUCAGUCUUGCGGUGGGUCUGGUCAGCAUCAGAGGGGUGGACAGCGGCCUUUACCUCGCCAUGAACAGCAAGGGGGAGCUGUAUGGAUCGGAAAAGCUGUCAGCAGAGUGCGUUUUCAGGGAGCAGUUUGAGGAAAACUGGUACAACACUUACUCCUCAAACAUCUACCGGCAUGGGGAGAAAGGGGCCUUCUACUUCGUUGGGCUGAACAAAGAUGGCACGUCGCGGGACGGAACGAGGUCGCGACGGCAUCAGAGGUUCACGCACUUCCUACCGAGGCCCGUCGAUCCAGAGAGAGUCCCAGACCUGUACAGAGACAUACUGGGCCAGAGCUGAGGGUUAAAAGCCGCCUGUGCCCUCAUGCAGCUAAAACUGGUCGAAAUAGGCCAACUGAGUGCGCCAAAAGUCAUCCCUUUCCUUUUUUUUUUGGAGACGGAGGAUCUUGUGGAUCUGGACGGAACAGGGUCGCGAAGAAAGCACUGAGUCUAGUCCAUGCUGUUGGGUUGGAGAGGGAAGGAAAAAAGUCUGGGAUAUGAGAAGAAAAACGCAAGUGGACUCUAACAAAGGGACACAGAGCAGGUUCCUCAAAUGUUCCUCAUUGGCCUAUGGAAAGACCCUGGUGGCCAAGAGGAUAAAUUCUUUUAUUUUUUGGAUUUUUAUUAGUUUUCAUUUGAUAAAGUCCAAAUACAUGCUCAAAUGGACAGGAUCUGAUAGUUGUGUGAUUAACCACCAGCUGCUGGUAGCCUUCCACAGCCAUGUCUGCUGGGACUUCACUGCUCCACUACUAUCAGUAGAUGUUUUAGUUGUUUUUUUCUGUCUAACAUUACCGAGGCUGCUAUGGCUUGUUUGUGUUAAAAAACAAACAAGCAAUAGUUUCAUGCACUGGAAAGCAGCCAUGCUUGUUCUGGAAAUCAGCUGCUGCUCAGAAACUACCACUGCUCUGCAAAGUUUGAGAGGAUGACGAAACGAGAGACGGGUCUUUUUGGUUGAAACACCAGGGACUCGUUCAGUGAAGGAAUUUAGCUGUUGUACACCUGACUGUCCGCAGUCACGACAGCGAGCGUCUGGCUGAUAAAAGGCAAACAUUUAGAUGGAUUUUAUUAUUUAUAUGUUGUUGUUUUUUUGCCCUUAGGGCACACAUUAUAUUUAUUUCAUAUAUUUAUUUAUUUCAAGAAUAUAUUUUUACAGG